AUGGAUGAGUAUUAUGACAGUAUUGAUUUACACAUAAGAUGGUCAGAUAGACAAGACUUGAUAUUACGUGUAUCUACACUUGAUAGUAUUUCGACUAUUAAAGACAAGAUUCGACAAUCUUCUGACAGUACAGGAGAUAAAUACAUUCGACUUAUUCAUAGUGGCAGAGUGCUUGAAGAUAACAAGACAUUAAGAGAAUAUGGUAUUGGCAAAAUAGUAAGAGCAGACUCCAAAGCCAAACUGGAACCACCAGCACCUGUCUAUUUCCAUUGUUCCUUAUCAGAUUAUAUACCUAAUACACAAAAUAACCAACCUCAAAUGACACCUCCUACUGGGUUUGAUCGUCUAAGAGAAUCGGGUUUCACAGAAGAAGACAUUCGAAAUAUCAGAACACAAUUCCACCGACUGCAUGGUACUUCUUUUGACGAUAACGUACCUACAGAAGAAGCAAGAAAUCUAGAAGAACAAUGGAUGGAUAACACAGGGGAGACAUUGCCUGACGGAAGUAAGUAG